UUGGCAACAUUUAACUUUAAAAACUUUUCGGUUUGGUGGCGGUAUUUAUUUGAAGAUGGAGUAUCUCUAUAAGAAAAAAAAUUUAAAAUUUGGGAAUUAUAAAGAAAUUAAAAAAGAAAGUAUUUUAUCAGUGAGGGAAGCUUCAAGGCAAAAACGUUUGAGUUGUUUACGCGACAUUAAUUUCAAAGACUCAAAAGAAAACUUAAAUGCAUCAAACAAAUUGGAGGAAAAGAAAAGGGGCAUUCCUUCUAGAAAUGAAAUGCUAAAAAAAUGGAAGGAAGAAAAAGCAAUGAAGCAGAAGCAGCCUGUAAAAUCUGCUGUGAAAACUGGAUUCGGUUUCAAGAAACAAAUUGCAACAUUUCAGAAUAGAACCGACGAUUCUAAAUCCAAAGCACAAAACGUAUCAAAUAUUACUCUUAAAACUGGCACCCAAAACACUAAGCUGAUUUCAAAAUCGUCUUCCCAGCCUACAUUCAUGCCACAAAAAUCGACUGUGCCUGUUACUAAAUCAACUGUGCCUGUUACUAAAUUGAGUGUGCCUGUUACUAAAUCUGUUUCAACAAAUAUAAAACCUCAAAUAACCCAAAGAUCUGUUGCAUCCAAAUCUGUUUUGACUUCAAAGCCAUCUACUCAAAAAUCAAGACUUACUGCUUUGUCUUCAACGACAAGUGCUCUACAAGGGAAAACAAUACUCAAGGAAACCAAGCCAAAUGUUCAAAAGGUUCCUAAUCCUACGAGAAUCUACUCCCAGCCUUCAAAGGGCGUACCUCCUCCGACAAAUCUUAGAAGCGCUUCAAAAAAUGCUUCCUCACUUCCAAAAGUAUCUCAGAAGCUGCCAUUGGCCAAGUCAAAACUGGAGAAAGACAUCAAAAGUACAAAUGUAUUAACCAACAAUAAGCCAAGUAAACUUGCUUUUCCCAAGAACAUCAAUCAUCCAAACAACAAGCUCUUAAACAAAAGAAAUCAAAUUACUAAGAAUAAUCGACCUACUGACGCGGAAAUAAAAGAAUCAAAGGUGAAAAAAGUGGAAGAUGAGGAAAUAUUUUCGUGCGACAUAAGUAGGAUAGAACCGAGCCUGAGUAGAAAAUCAUUUGCUCCUGAUAACUUCAUGUUUUGUCCCCGUUCUGAGUGGAGUUUUGCUUUCCAAGUUGACAUCUCAUCUCCGGCUUCUUUUUUAAAACUCAAAACAAAUGGAGUUCAAAGAACAUCAAGUCCAUUGAAAUUAGAUGUGAAAUCUCCCGCUGAUGAGUUACUCACAACCAAAAACGAAGACCACUCUCUUGACUCCAAUCUUCAUGACGGAACAAGUUUCAAUGAAAAAGCAAAAAUCUCCCCUGGUGACAAUGAAUGUCAGAGAAGCUUAACUGAUGACUUUAAUAUGAAAGUUGAUAUUCCAGAAAAAAGAAUAGAAAGUGACAUUUCUGUCUCUGAUUUAACUGCAGGUUUAAGACCAAAAAUGCCAUUAAAAACUACCACCGAUUCUACCAAAGGAGAUUUGCUAGAAGAAGUAACUGAUGCUAAUGGUGUGCUAAAUGAUAAGCCUACUCUUCUGGUGGCCCUUGAUAAUGGCGUGGGAGAGUUACAGCAAGAACUAACAGGAGAAAAGUGUGAGCUAAAUGUUGAGCCGGCCAUGCUUGCUGCAUUUGAUUACAGCACAUCUGAAAUUACUUCUGAGGACUUUUCUAAAACUUGUGCUACUAGCUUAAAAGAAACCCUUAAACAAGAUGAAUCCUUGGAAACAGUUAAUUGUGUUACUUCUGAAGUGUUAGAUGAUAAUAAAAUGAUUAAUUUAGAACCAGUUGAUGUACUUUCUUCAUAUAAACCUAUUAGUAAUUGUGUGUCGCAAACACUUGUACAAAUUGAAAGUCCUUCACAAAAAUCUACAGAAAGUUGUCCUGGUUCGUAUGGUUCCGGUUCGAGUAAAAUGUCCAGACGAGAUCAAUUUUACGAGAAAAGUACCGCUUCUGAAAUAGAUGUCAAGCUGGUCGAUAUUGACUCGGCCGGUAUAAAAUUUUCAUGUAAAUCUAUUGAUAAUAAUGCAUCAGAACAUAAUGGAGGUCCUGAUUUGUAUGUUUCCAGCUCAAGUGAAACUCCACAACAAGAAAAAUUCUGCAGAACAUUGAAAGGUGCCACUUCUAAAAUAGUAGAAGGUAUAAAAUUGGUAAAUUUUGACUCGCCUGAUGCAAAAUGCACUUCUAAAUCUAUCGUUAAUAGUGCAUCAGAAAGUAAUGAAGAAGAAUCUGUUAUGCCAAUUAGUAAUAAUACAGGUCUUCCUUACUUAUGCGUUGCCAGCCCAUCCCAAGAUAAACCUUUGGAUAAAAUAGAUUGCAUUAUUCCGAGCAUGUCCGAAGACAUCAAUGAGGUUAAAACUUCUGAUGCCAUAUCUUCGCAUAGUACAUCAGAAAAUGGUUUAAAUGAACUGAUUAAAAUUGAAAACCACGAAAAGCAAUGUCCUAUCACUCUGAGUGAGUCACUCAAAAGCUUUAGUCUUGCAACAUCUCUAGCUGAGAGGGUAUCAAAAAAAAAUUCUAUGGGUCAUCGGAAGUCAAAAAUGGCUCUCAGGUAUGCCCUUGAAAGUAUAAAUGAGAGCAUUGAAAGUAAAGACACCCCUUGUGUUACUCCAAUGUCUGUAAAGAAGCUUAUAGUUGAAGAGUCUUUCACACCAAGAAGAUCUCCUAGACUUGCAGAAAAGCUGAAUAGGAGUGGAUCUUUCGAAAGUAUCUUGAAUGUUGAAAAACCAGAAGUGAUGAAUACUUUUGAUUUGGAUGACAUAAAGACAAACGUUCCAGACAGUUUUGCUGAAGAGGUUAUGAGAACACCGAGUGUCAAGGAAAAGUCAAAAAAGGAUAAUGAUUUCACUCCUCGGAGGUCACAAAGACUUACAGAAAUGUUAGGAAGAAGCAGCUCUUUUGAAAAUCUGUUUGAUGUAAGGCGACCCUCAAUUAUGGGAUCACCCUGUAAAGCUGACCUUCCUUUACAAGAUGCAACUGGGAUAACAUAUGACUUCGAUAAUUUGGUUUUGGAAGAUUCUCCAAAAAUUGUUAAAUCUGCUAAGGGACGUGCUGCUCAAAUAUCUAAGAAAGUGAGCCUUCUCUACACGCCACCAACACGAAAGUCUACUCUGAGGCAGUCAAUAAGAGGAGAUUUAAUGUCCUUUAGUCCAUCCUAAUAUGUAUCUGCUGCAUUACAGAUAUAUAACUUCUGGUAAUGCAUUGUAUAUUAUUUUAAAAUAAGUUUAUGUAUAUAUUUGAAUUUCACAUACAUGUGUUUUCUUAUGUAUAUAUUAAAUUUCAAAAACAUGUGUUUUCUUUUUCAACAUUUAUUUACAUCUAAACAUACUAUCGUUCAAAAAGGAGGUAAAAGAUGUGUAAAGGCAUUGAAUGUUUAAUGCAUAAUAUAUUUUAUAUAGAUAAAUAUAUUUUAUAGAAACAUAGCUGCCAACAUGGAUAGGAAGAAAAUCCAGUGGAUUUAUUUUACGAAACAAUGUAAAUUUCAUGAUAAUUGUUGCAUAAUGUAUUAAAUAUUUUACUAUAAGGGGAAUUUCAGGGAUUUUUAUUGCUAUCAUAUUAGAAAAAUUGCAAUAUUUUCCAGUUAUGAUUGACACUAAAUA